CCUGUCUCUCAGCAUUACUGUUUGCUAUUGGGAGGUAACCUGGCGUCAGUGCACAGCCUCUCCCAGUAUAACUUCCUUCAGUCAGUUAUCCAAAGUAGUACCAGCAAAGCCCAGCGCACCUGGAUUGGAGCCAACGAUGCCAUCAAGGAGGGUCUUUGGCUGUGGAGCGACGGGUCCAGGUUUAGCUACCAGAACUGGGGCCAGGGGCAACCCGAUAACACCUACAAUGGUGCUGGGAACGACAACACGAAUGGCCAUGAGCAUUGUAUGGAGAUGAACUAUGGAGGUGACUUCAGGCAGAAUGAUGCAUCCUGCUGGAUGCAACUUCCAUUCAUGUGUUCCAGAAAGCUGUAAUAUCUACCGAUUGGGAGAGAAUUCAUGUUCUAACGUUAUUCCCCUCAUGUUUAGUGUACUUUUAGAUUCUUGCUGAUUUUAAUGUGAUUGUAUUGGCUUCUCUUGAUGAUUGCUGAUUAUGUAAAGUGAUUUUGGGUGUCUUGAAAAGCACUUGUAAAAAUAAAUUUUAGAACAUUCAUUUUAUCUGAGAGGCUCUCAGGCGAUGGGAUUCUUCAAUAAAGCCACAGUCUGUAAUA